AUGCAAAGUACCGAUUCCGCCAAGCAGCCUCCAAAGAAAAAACAACGCAACAAAAGCAAGCAGAACAAAGGAACUAUCAAGUUGAAAGCCUGGGGCAAGGAGACAGCUGUCGUAAAAUUGUCCACAAAAGAUGCUAACAAAAAUAUUAAAUUACUUAAUUCUGAAAUUGGCACUCUUAAAAAACAAAAUUUAGAUCUCAAAGAAUCUCAUCUAGAUCUUCAAUGCCGCACGAUGAGAGACAAUUUGUUGUUCUUUGGUUUUCCGGAAGAUGAAGUAGAAGAUCCAAAAGAGCUCAUUCUGAACUUAUGUGUUAAGGAAUUAAAAAUUGAAAAUCCACGAGACAUUAAAAUAGAGAGAAAACGCAAGCAGGGAAAACCUCGACAUAUUGUUGCGAAGUUUAACUCCUUUGUUGACCGUGAAAAAAUUCGUCUUUCUAGUAAAAACCUUAAGGAUACCAGAUACGGUAUACAAGAACAGUUCCCAAAGGAAAUUAAAGAAAGACGAAAUGCUCUAAUUCCUCUUUGGAAACGCGCACGGUCAGAAAAUAAAAAAGCCGUACUCAUAACUGACAAGUUGUUCGUUGAUGGCCGCAGGGUGUAUCCUCCGGGAGCGGAUCCAGAUCACGAACCAAUGACAUAG